CACCAGUCGUGUCAAAUAACUCUAGCAAAUAUAUCGUCACAAUCUGCUUCUGUGUCUACUGUCUACACAAGUUUUUAUCAUCUACAGACAAGUUUUGAACGGAAAUGGCUACAACAUCGAUAAGGUGCAUCCUUGUCCUAUUUUUGGCUACCGUUUGCUGUCAGCGUCAAUCAGACAACCCCGGCGCUUCUUCUUCUUGGGCUAAACUGCAAAUCUCACCCGAUACGUUAAGUUCCAUGGAGUGCGGCAACUUUCUCGUUGAAAUUUACGAACACGCCAACAAUCACAAGCUAACGACAACAGCCGAUGAGAAAAAGUAUUUCUAUUCACCCAUUGGGCUGUUGGACCACAAAAGUGUCGUGAGUAGAUUGAACCGGGUGACGAAACAAUCAGAGAUGAGAUUCCGCAUUGAAAUGUGGAACGACAAAGUCCAAAAUGAAGUGGUCAAACAUUUGAAUGAAAUCGUCGGCCACGAAAUCAAAUCCAAUAAAGUGAGAGUCAUUCCCUUGGAGAAGGUCCUUCUGGCCAGCGAAAUACCCACGGACAAUUAUUCGCUAUCUCCAGUGUGGAAGAAUUACGACAAGGGCAAAACCCUUUGGUUUUCUCUUUCGUGUAACGAGCAGAAAGUCUGCGACGAACUGGCCAAUGAAAUGCGAUCGGAUCCCACUCAAUUCGACCAUUUCAAACUCCUCUACAGUUUGUCAUCGCAGACGUCGCAAACCAAACAGGCGGCCAUCAAUAUCGACAGUGUCACUUCCGGUCGAAUGGUUUCGACUCUUUUACAGAAAUUUGGAGACAAAAAGGAGAUUUUUCUGACGGCCAACGACGAGAAGAAAAUGUUGGCGGAAACGGCCACCAACAUCCGAAUGGACACAUUUGACGACUCCGAGGUUGAGUCUCCCGAAACGGAAUCCCAAAUUUUAAGUAUUUUAAAGGAUUUGCUCGUCAGCACAUCCAUCUUGACUAUCAAAGGGCAAAGUGACAAAAUGUGGGACUCUGUUUUUUGGAAUGAAGACCAUUACCGGCCGGACAAGACGACGAAAACUUUAAAUGAAAUCCUAAACCAACUGGACACGGAAACUCAAAAGAAAUUGGCGGGAAUGUUUCAAAAAGCCGAGAUGAGGCAAUCAGAAACCACAGAAAAAUUUAUUUCGAGUAAUCAAGACGCGCAGAAAAGACGAGAGGAACAAACUCGUCGCGAAAAUCAAACGAAAGAUGCGAAUGGAAAUGAAAUGAGAAGAUCGCAAGCAACUGAUCAAGAACAAUCAAUAAGUCGCAAUCAAACUCGCGAUGGCAAAUCGACCACCAGCAGAGAUGACAUCACCGCAGAUGACGACGUUCAAAUUGCGACCAAAAAUAGUCACACGCAUAAGAUGGACAAAGAAAACGUGAAGUGGGAAAUCGCCAAGAAGAGUUCGAAUGAACUGAAUAGAAAUUUAGAGAAUAAAGAAAAAAUCCAACACAAUUACGACUCAAACAGUUGGGCUGACAUAGACAGAGUCAGUUCAACAAUUUCAGGGAAAAUGGCAAACGAUUUCGAUGGCUCCCGGAGAGUCGAAAUUGUAAAGGAAGACGUUGGAAAAUUAUUACAAGAAAGUAGAAAUCACGUCCAAUGGGACGGAGAGAAAUUCGUGCCCAAACCCAUGCAACUGAGCAGAAUCAAUUUGGGUAAAUUUCGUGACUCUCGGUCGUUUCAGGAUCGCCACGUCCGUGUCCGUUACACGACCGCUGAACUGUCGGCGCCGAUAAAAAUUGCGGAACACGCAGAAUUGACCGUCACCGACGAAUGGAACAAUUUAAAGGAGGAACUCAAAGCCACUACUGGCCUCUUCAGCACAACUGAGAACAACUUGGUGAAAACGAAUGCCGAAAUGAGAAAUCUGAAGAGCGACUUAACUAACACGCGAAUUGAUUUAACUAAUGAAUUAAAAGGGACAAAAGAGGAGUUGGAGAAAACCAAAAUCGACUUUGAGGAAACGAAGAUCAAUGUCCAUAAUCUAUCUACAAAGUUAAAUGAGGCCACGCAGGAGUUGGUGAAAAUGAGAGCAGAUUUCAUCAAAACCGUCGAUGAUUUAUCUACCAAAUUAAAUGCGACUAGUAAAGAAUCGGCAGAAACGAAAAUCACGUCCAAAAAUUUGUCAACUGAACUCAAAAAUUGUGUAGCGAAUUCGGAUCGAUUAGGUCGAGAAUUAAAAGUUGCUGAAGAAAAUUUUAAAAAAGAUUUAAAAGCAACCUCAACUGACUUGGAAACCACGAAAACAAAUUUGGUCUCAGCGAGAACAGAAUUGAACAGGACAAAGUCCGCCGUUGCGGAUUUGGCAAUCAAAUUAAAUGUGAAUUUGCAACGAUUUGGUUACGAACUAAAAACUGCCGAAGACAAUCUGAGAAAAGAAUUUGGAGCAACCUCAAACGAUUUGGAAACUGCAACAACAAAUUUGGCCUCAACGAGAACGGAAUUGAGCAACAUCGUUGCGGAUUUGACGACCAAAUUAAAUGCCCGAACCAGUGAAAUAGUUGACAUUGGUAAAAUGCCAACCUCUUGUUGGGAUCUGCAGCAAAUGGGACAUAAGCUGAGCGGAUUCUUUUUGGUCAAAGGAUCAAAGAAGAUGGAAACGCUUUACUGUGACUUUUAUCCUAAUCAAAAUGACAAACAGAAAUGGAUCGGAUACGCCGACGUCAAAUCAGCGCCCGUCCAUUUCUACGUCCAGCGAAAUUCUGAAUUAAAAACCAAUUCUGAAUUGAAAACAAUUCCGAUUCCGUUCGAGUUGGUGCGGGUGAACGAGGGAAAUGCCAUGAAUUUGGCAUCGGGGAAAUUCACGGCACCGCGACCAGGAAUUUAUUUCUUCUCUUUCACGGGACUGGCGCGUCUCGAAUCAUCCCAAUUACCUGUUGGGUUUGCUUUUUAUCUCUAUUUGAACGGGAGUCUAAUCGGGUCGAGUUACGUUCGCGAGGCGAGGAGCCCCGUUGAUCAAUUUAGUCCGUUGACCGUCCAGUCGACGGUGACUUUGAAACAAGGCGAUCAAGUCUGGGUGGGGAUUGGUUUUAGCAGUAGUUCAUCCUCGUAUUUGUACGACAACAGUGAUUACCACAACACCCAUUUCACGGGUUUCAUGUUGGAGGAGGAAAUUGUGGCGUCCCUUUGAGGUUUUGGGUCCAAAAUGAACGUCGACACAAACAUUUGGGGAAGGGAAGAUAAUUUGAUGCUUAUUCAUUAAGCGAUGGGUAUUUCUUUCCGAAAAUUAAACUGAGGAUGCAAAUAGACCAACUGAAUACACUAACCAAUUUUCAAGUU